GCACUGGCCCGGGUCAUUGUGGCCUGGAUCGUCCUAUUCAGCAGGAGACAAAGCACCGAGGUGUCCACUAUGCUCCUCACCGUUCUGAAGUCCUGUAAGAAGCCCAACACGCAGACCCUGGGGAACCUGGCCAUAUCUGUGUGCGGGCUGGAGAAGAGCAUGUGCAGGGUCUUGACCAGGAUCGAAAUACGUGCCACGUGCAGCAGGAUGGUGACGGUCCUUCUGAAACCAUCCUUCCUGUCUAUGCUGGAGCUUCUGGCCGACAUCCGCGAGGCCUGCGGUGUCCCCGCUAGGAAUCCUUUCCUGUUCGGCCGCCCGCACACGCUCUCCGCCUACAGGGCCUCCACGGGCAUCCAAAAGUUUGCCAAAGACAGCGGCGCCAAGGGCCAUCGUCGAGGCAGCUGGCGAUGAAAGGCUCUUGAGCGCAAGGCAAGCAGAAGUGGAGCGAGGCGGAGGCCCACGCCUUGGAGAGACACGUGAUGUCCUUCAUCUGAGGCCACAAGGUGCCUCAGAAACACGACUGCAUCUGGUGUCUCAACGCUGAGCCGCGGGCGUUAGGGACGCACCCAUGGAAGGGCGUCAAGGACUACGUAAGGAACAGGAUCACCGCCCUGAAAAGACGAAGUGCUCGUAGCUGAGUGGGAAUGGCGGCGUGGAGCCCGAUUAUCGUGUCCUUUAUUUAUUUAUGCUUUUCUGCUUGGUCCUGCUGUGAUGUUCAGGGAGGAGGUUUGUAUGUGUAUCUGUUGUUUGUUGUGCCAUUCCAGACACAACAUUCCUAAAGGUUAAUGUCUUGGCACUUUCAGAUUAAAGGAUGCAUCAUUUUCGUCAAAUCGUGAUUGUCACAACUAAAAAAAAAAUACAUUACACGACAGUUUGUUUUAAAAAGCAAAACCAUAAUGAGUAACGCACAGAAAAAUUCAAAUUUCCAUGUACCGCCUCUGUAAUCUAAACGGGUUGUCUUUAACGUGACAUUUCGGUGUUUAUUUUGAAAUGACUCCCGGAAAUGCGUUUUCCUGCCGUAAGCGAGCGUGAUGCUCGUGUGUCAGACGUUAGCCUCGGCUCCUUUCCGGCCAGAUCACAGUCGAGAAAAGGUUUGUGUCAGUAUUUAAUUGCAACGUAAAGGUUCCGGGGAGCGGACUGACUUGAACCUCUGCCGGCGUUGCGCUGAAAUGAAGGCCCGCACGAAAUGACUGGUACUUCCGCCAUUAGUCAAAGGUAUGUUAUUAUUUCAAUGUGAGCUCCUGCUCACGUGUUGUUAAUAAAAUUUGUUUUAUAUAGAAUAUAGCUGCAUCUAAGCGUAUUUAAUUGGCCACGCCUCCGGUAACAAUCUCGACGAAUCGGAUGCGGAAUAGCGGAUGAUGGACAUCCCCGCAGCCAAUCAGACCCCAACACCCUUCCAAAUAUGGGCGGGCCCCAGUAGCUUCCACACCACUCCCAAGCACCCGGGGCCUCUCGCCGGAUUCCAGCGUCUCAACCUGGACUCACCCUCUGAUCAGGCACCGUCAGGUCCUCCGCCCGGGCAAACGUCACCUUGGUCCCCAUACAGCUGUCACCCGGGAGCAUGCGGCUCCAUUCUCACACCCCCCAACAUAAAUGGACCUCAUUCACCGCCUUACACCACAGGAGCCAUGCCCGAAUUUGUCCCCAAUGCACAGGAGAGGAGCACAACUCAGCAGGUUGGCAAGCAGUCCCCAAACUCAGAGUCCCGUUAUGGACUGGACCCAGAGCUGCUUCCCAGUGCCGUGAAUGUGAUGGCAGACGACAGGGCAGAGUGGGAAGGGAAGGUUUUUGUCUCUGAGCCUUUUUGUCCUCCCCCUCCUCUCCCGACCACUUCCUGCGUGGUGGAGGACCGAGGAAGCGCCAGCCCCAACGCCAUCCGCUCCACCACGUACUGCCUCCCCCACGACGGUCCCACCGCCCUGCUCGCCCGCAUGCCACUGGCUGCGCUGAUUGCCCCCCUGGCCAGGCAGAACCCAAAGGAGAAGCCCCCGCCGAUGCGCACGGAGGAAGUGUGUGUGAGGGGCUGUCAUCGGUGUGGCGCUUCCAUGUGCGCCGCCAUGAGCUGGCAGGACUGUGGGCAGAGGUUCCACUGCCCCUUUUGUGGGAAACUCACUGAAGUGCCGUGGCAACACUACCAGCCCACAGACGGCGUGGACGGGGCUCGGCUUGAUCGACAGCAGAGGCCCGAACUGCACAUGGGAUCCUACGAGGUCCUGCACGCCCAACAGGGUGAAGCAGCCGCGCUGCUCCUCGCCAUUGACGUGUCGGCCCCAGCGCUGAGAGGCGGCCAUUUGGAGUUUGUGACGGAGCAAAUACACGUUCUGCUCGCAUCUCUGCUCAGAGAGGAGGGCGGAGCCUCCUGGUCAGACGCCCGUGUGGGUCUACUGACGUAUGACAGCAGGGUCCAGCUGUAUGACCUCAGCCCCGCCCUGUCCCGCCCGCACAUGUUGGUCCUGGCUGAGACGGAGGAGGAGAUGCAGCUCCCUGCCAGGGAGGGGCUGCUGGUCCCCUUGAAGGCUUGCAUCCACACCAUCGCCAGCGUGUUGCAGCUCAUCCCGCAGUUCAGUCCAGAGCGGGUCGAGUCCGCAGGCGUCCCUGUGGACCUGCCAGUCAAAGUGGGACUGGCAGUGAUGCAGACCCUCGGCUGUCCUGGCAAGCUACUCGUCUUCCACGCCUCCCCGCUAGUAGAGACGGGACGUGCUCAGACGUCCUCAGGCUUCUUUGGCACCAGCAAGACGAAGUCCAUAUUCCAGCCGCCAGAGGAGGCCGUCACGCUGGCCAAGGCGUGCGUCCGUCAGGGCUGCAGCGUUCACCUGUUUCUCCUCUCCCAGCAACAUGUAGGCGGGGCUUGGCCGGGGCACGUCCCCUAUCUGACGGGCGGGGCGCUGUACACCUUCAACCACCUGCAGGGGGAUUUGGACCGCGAGCGCUUCAGCAGCGACCUGAGGCGUGUCGCCCGGGCGGACGUUGCCUACCGGGCUGAGCUCAGCUUGUUUGUCAGCAAAGGUUUGCGGGUCUCCGGCUGUUACGGCCUCUUUGUCCCCGGUCCCAGUCCGAGCCAGGUUGCCAUGGCCACCCUCGACUGGCAGACCACGCUGGCCGUGGAGCUGGCGCACGGCGGCGCCCUGGAUGAGACGAGAGGUGCUGCCAUACAGGCCGUCCUGACCUACAGCACUCAGGAGGGGGGGCGGCGCUCCAGAGUGCACACGCUGAUGCUGCGAUGCUCGCGCCACCUGCAGGACACUUUCCGCCAGUGCCAGGCCCAAACGCUGCUCAGCUUCUACUGCAAGAAGAUGUACUGUGCCGUGCUGGAGCGCCCUCUACAGGAGCUGCGUGAGGAGCUGCAGACGGACCUCACGGAGGCGCUGGCGUCCUACCGCAAACAUGGCAGCUCCGCUUCAGUGUCCGCUGGUCAGCUCGUUCUCCCUCAGGGCCUGCGAGCGCUUCCUGUUUACGUCAACAGUCUGAGGAAAAGCGAGGUGCUGCUGCCGGGCCUGCGCACCUCCUCCGUCCAUCAGCGGCUGCAGCAGCGCUGUGAGGUCCUGCGGUUGGACGCCUCGGCCAGCGCCACCCACUUCUACCCGCUGCUUCUGCCUUUGCCGACUUCCGUCCUGGAGGGGGCGCUUCGCUGCUCUGGCGCCAGCCUGCGCCCCGACGGCGUGUAUUUGCUGCACGCGCCCCACACCCUCCUGCUCUGGGUGGGCGCCCGGGUCCCGGCGGGCACCCUGACGGAGCUCUUCAAUGCCGGCUGCUUCUCGUUGCUGCACUCCGGAGAGACCAAGCUGCCCAUCCUGGACAACCCUUUGUCUGCCAGUGUUCGAGCCCUCAUCCACACGCUGGGCUCAGAGGCCCCUUGCACCCGUGAGCUGCUGCUGGUGAAGCAGGGAGACGCCUGCGAGGAGCUCCUGCAGCGCCACCUCGUGGAGGACAAGAGCCCCAACGGGGGCGCAUCCUACGCCGACUUCCUCUACCACCUGCACGUCACCUCUGUGCGCCUGCUGCAGUGACUCCUAUUUUACUUGCUACUGUGAAUGCAGCACGGUGGUGUCUCCCUCAUCUCCCGCCUCGUAUCCGCAUUGGAGCAUCCCUGUGGGGACCUUCUCCCCACGCUGACGGGGGUCCUAAAACAGGCUUGUCGGGCUGAUUGGAGACCGUGAGCUUGAAUGCCGGUUGGUGUAUCCCCUUCGCCAUACCCCAUGAAGCCCCGAUUGUUGCUGGGAACUCAUCAAGUACUGGAAAGGAAGACAUGGAUUAGCCAUCGGAUUCUUUCACUUGUGUAAGUAAACGGUCAGAAACGAUUCAUUUGAAGGUUCAACACAAACCUCCGCUCUGCCAAAGUCUGCCGUUGUUGCAGUAUAUCAUUGCAAGAUCCAAAAGUAUUGCGUUAUCUCGCAAAAGUUGGGUGAGCCCUCCCAAAGUAUUAAUAAUUGUAUUAACUUGCAAAACUUUUGCGUUCUCGUGGAAGCUUGGCAAGCUCUUGCAAAACUUUUGUUAUCAUGAUAAGGUAUUGCAAGAUCUCGCAUCAGUAUUGCAUUAUCCUGAAAAGUAUUGCGAGAUCUUGCAAAAGUAUUGCGAGAUCUCACAAAAGUAUUGUAGUAUUAUUAAUAGUAUAUUAAAAGUAUUAUCCUGCAAGUUUGGUGAGCUCUUGCAGUUUUGUUUUUACCAGAGUAUUGCAAGAUCUUGCAAAAAUAUCGCGAGAUAUUGCAAAUGUGGUCUGUUAGCAUCUUGCAAAAUAUUGCUACCUCGAAAACGUUUUGCGCUUUCGCACAGAAGUUUUACAUAUCCCAGCAAAACUACUGUGUUAUCUCGCAAAGUAUUGUUGUCUCGCAAAAGUUUGGCAAGCUCUCGCCAAAGAGAUCUCACAAUUAUUGCAUUAUCCGAGCUUUUGCAAGAACUCAACUCAACUUUUUUUAAAACUUUCAAUUUAGUUUUUCUCCAUGUUCCGUCGGGGGCUGCGUAGUACCCCACCUCCUGCCCCAAAAGCUCACCCAUGACCUGAAUGAGGACAGCGUUUUAGAAGAAGGAUGGAUAAUAAAGGGUGUUUAGAAAUGUCAUCCAUUCAUCCUGGGUCUGUAGACAUUGUAGAUGUCUAAAUAAACCUCCUUGAAACAGCAUUAAAAUCAUUUUUCUUGGAAGACGCUGAAGAGCAACACAUUUAACACGACUGGCAAUGGAAGCCCAAUGGUAAGUCGAAAU